UCCGCCAUAUUGACUGUUGUCUUGACUGGAGAAGAUAGUGAGCAUUUGUGAUACUAGAAKAAUCGAAACCGUGCUUUUAAACACCUCUAAACUAGUGCAACCUUGGCUAAAGGAUAUAUCCGACACCUGCGUGAUGGCGAGGAAGAAGAGCAAACAGCAAGGAGUCGGGAACAAGGACCUAGUGCCCGGACAACAGAGCAUAUCGAAGAGCCCCGUCUCUCCCGGAGAUGCAGCUGGCGGUGGUGGCGGAGAUGCAGGGCUGGAUAGACUGGCGGCCAGGGCGAAUCAGCCGAGGCACACCUGCUGCCUCCUGUGUCACCGUGAGUUUAAGGACUGGGGGGCGAGCUCUGCCAACGGUCUGCCUGGGGGCCACGGGGCGAAGCUAGCUGACGCUGUCCCAGCCCUGUCCCAGGCCCUGCUCAGAGAGGUGCCGGGCCAGAAGCUGUCCGACACCGUGCCUUCGUUGAGCCAGUCUCUACUGGGAGAGGUGCCGCUCUGGAUCUGCCAGAGCUGCCGGAAGAGCGUCGAGGAGGAGGAGAGACGGAGCGCACAGGAAACGCCUGCACCGGUUCCGUUGUCCACUCGUCGUCGUGUAAGGCUCAGUAGUUGUGGUGAAGGUUAUCCCAGAGCAGAGCUCCGUACACGGGACCCGUCUUCCCUUCCUCUCAGCCCACAAAUUCUGGUCCUUGGAAACUCGGCUCACAGCAACGGAGGGAUACACUGUAACCACAGCACUGCCCUUCGCACGCACAGCAAGCCCCCGGCCGCUCCGACCAGCCGUAACUACACAGAGAUCCGUGAGAAGCUKCGGUCCCGUCUGACGCGUCGUAAGGAGGAGUGUCUUCCCCAGAGACGGGACUCMGACCCGUCCGUGUCCACCUCCAUCGACCACCGAGACGUGGACGAGCUGUUGGACUUCAUCAACUCCUCAGAGCACAAACCAGCCAACAGCGCGAAGGCUGCCAAGCGGGCACGRCARAAACAGAAGAAAAAGGUGAUGUCAAAUUACAUGGAGAAGCAGAGCCAGGCAGGUAGUGGUGAUUGUGAGGGAGGUGGUAGCGACCCCCUCCUCAAACCCUCCAGAGCCAGUGAGGACCCGACCACUUCAGCCAGGAGGAGGAGAGGAGGAGGAUGUGUGACGGGGAGGACGGUGGAAGGCCGGGGGCUAGUCGGCUGCUGA